CAGAGCAGCCACACUCGUGAUUCUCCUGAGGACGCUCACCGGAACACCGGGAGGAUUACUGUGUGUCCACUUCUGGAGGAAUAUUCAUUUUCUUGUUCAAUCUUUUUCUUUAUUGUUCCUAUAAGUUUCCUGAGUCAUGGAUAUAUACAUUUUGAUUUCCGCGUUGACGCUGAUACACUCCUGGAUGAUGUGCACAGCUCUCUCCGCGCCAGCUGGACAGACACCCACCGCCUCCACCCGCAGCACCGACAGCACCCACAGCACCCACAGCACCGACAGCACCCACAGCACCGCCUCCACCCACAGCACCGACAGCCCUCUGCGGCGCCAUGUGCGGACCAAGCGCUGCUCCUGCGCCACGUUCAUGGACAACGAGUGCGUCUACUUCUGCCACCUGGACAUCAUCUGGGUCAACACCCCCGAGCGCGUGGUCGCGUACGGGCUGGGCAACGCUCCCAGGAGGAGGCGCGCGCUCCCGGACGCCAAGGCGACCCGCGAGGAGCCGCGCUGCCAGUGUCUGCGACGGAGUGACGUCACCUGUCGAAGCUUCUGCCGGCUGGAGAGCCGCCCCAGGUCAGAGACGUCUCCAGACGCGCGGGGCCGCUCCGCCGCCGCCGGGCGCGACGCGUGCGCAGAGGCGCAGUGCAAGCCGCAGCGGGCCGCGGGCACGCGGACUCAGAGAACGCGAAGCGGCAUCGACGAGAAGCGGGCAUCGCCUCUGGCCACGGGGGCCGCCUUGAGGACCCGUCUGCUGCUCGCCAAGUGGAGGGCGAGGCAGCGGCGCAGGGCGAGGGCGUGGGGGGGCGAGAGCGCGGCGGCGGCCUCCUAAAGACGGACGCGCGACCUCGUUGCCGACACGGCGGCAGAGCGCUCCGGGCUGCACCGCACGGGGCCAACGAGGCUCAGAGACGCCGUGAGGCGAAGGGAGCCGAGGCCCCGGGCCGGUCCUCCUGUGGGGGGUCACGGACCCUUUGGACUGAGAGAAAAACACCAAAUAGCAUUUCAAAAAAACUGGACAUGACUGGAAGGCUUUAAGAUGACAGAAAGUACAACUCACUGCCGUGU